AGCCGCCGUACGUACGCGGCGUAUCUGUUGCGCACCGGACGCGGUAGACGCGACACGCUCGCCUACGUGAUACAUGCCAGAGACACGCGACUCGAGCUAACCAAAGUCACGCAAUAAACAAAUUACGACCGGCAAAUAUUGAAUACCAUAUAGUGAAACUCUUAUUAACUAUUGCACAUACUACUAUUUGUGCCUGUGAAAAGUACUUGGUGACAGUUGUUGACAAUUUUAAGUGCAGCAGACGUACAACUGACCGGGGGUAAACGGCCCGUCGUUGUCGGCCGCCCACGGGCUGUAGUAUUGCUGUAGUAAAUACCGCCAGAGUAGCCCAUCGAGCUAUGCACCGAGUCACCCCCGUAAUUGAGUUGGCAACGUGAGCCAAGAACUGCUUAUAAAGAACAACAAGUAACAAUGGUGGCCGGAGCAUUAAGCAUUCUUGUUAAAGGAUACAACAAUAGUUCAGUAGGUGAAGUGGUGUUCCGGUGAGAGGGCAUGGAGGGCGCGGACGGGCACACAGAGUCGUCGUCUGACUGGCCGCUGGACGAGGCAGAGCAAGCAGGCUGGCUUUUCCUGCAGAACCUCACCCAGAAUGGCACCGAGUGGAACAUCACGUACUCCAACGGCACUUGGCGGCAUUCGUCCGCGCCCUUUGACUCGCCCUCCGCACUCGUCCGCGCCGCCGCCAAGGCCGUCUUUCUUGGCUUGCUCAUUCUUGCCACUGUAGUUGGUAAUGUUUUCGUAAUAGCAGCGAUACUGCUAGAGCGUCACUUGCGCAGCGCAGCCAACCAGUUGAUCCUGUCCUUGGCAGUGGCAGAUCUGCUGGUGGCUUGUCUGGUAAUGCCACUUGGAGCCGUUUAUGAAGUGGCUCAGCGCUGGACGCUGGGCCCUGAGCUCUGUGACAUGUGGACUUCCGGAGACGUGCUCUGCUGCACCGCAUCUAUUUUGCACCUCGUUGCUAUAGCGCUGGAUAGGUACUGGGCUGUGACAAAUAUCGAUUAUAUCCAUGCGCGUACAGCGCGAAGAGUAGGACUCAUGAUCAUCUGCGUGUGGGUUGUGAGUUUCCUAGUAUGCAUCGCUCCCCUUCUGGGUUGGAAGGAUCCUGAUUGGAACCGCCGUGUUUCUGAAGAAUUACGUUGCAUCGUAAGUCAAGACGUCGGUUAUCAAAUUUUUGCGACGGCCUCGUCUUUCUAUGUUCCAGUACUGAUAAUAUUAAUACUGUAUUGGCGAAUAUACCAAACUGCCAGAAAAAGAAUACGCCGACGGCGAGGGGCAACGGCUCGCGGAGGUCCGCCUCCCGUGCCCGCAGGAGGUGCGCUUGUUGCGGCCGGCGGCAGUGGUGGCAUAGCGGCCGCUGUCGUCGCUGUCAUCGGUCGGCCCUUGCCCACCAUAUCUGAGACAACCACUACGGGUUUCACAAAUGUCUCAUCAAAUAAUACAAGCCCGGAGAAACAAUCGUGCGUGAACGGACUCGAAAAUGACCCACCGACAACUGGGUACGGUGCCGUCGCUGCUGCCUACUACCCUACACUAGUCAGGCGAAAACCAAAAGAAGCCGCUGACUCUAAAAGGGAAAGAAAAGCGGCGAAAACAUUGGCAAUAAUUACUGGAGCAUUCGUAGCAUGCUGGCUACCCUUUUUUGUGCUAGCGAUCCUGGUGCCGACGUGCAACUGCGAGGUGAGCCCGGUGCUGACCUCGUUUUCUUUGUGGCUGGGCUACUUUAACUCGACGCUGAACCCUGUCAUCUACACAGUAUUCAGCCCGGAGUUCCGGCACGCGUUCCAGCGGCUGCUGUGCGGCCGCCGUGCCCGCCGCCGUCGCGCCCCCCCGUAGUCUCCUCACCCAUUUAUAACCCUGACUGACCUCGUCUAGCUUGAAACACGUUAUGUUACCUUGUUACAUUUUCAGAGAUAUAUUUACACCCCUUUAUUUUUUGUACAUGAUUAACGUGAAUAUUAUUACCUGUCUAGUAAUUAAAUCA